CCAGCGCGCAGCAGCACACACAUACAUACACACUCACACAUUUACAGUGCAUAAGACACGGUUGUUCUGCGCUACAGAGAGGUAAGCGAUUAUUUUGUUACUCUUACUCCUAUAUUUUUUUUCGAAACGAGCGUUCACUCAAAAGUUUAAUCUGUGAGUGUGCACUGGGAGGAAAAAACGGGUGUAGGGUACCCUAAAGAAGAACUUGUGAGUAAAUAAGACCAGUGGGCGAGAGAGGACUGAGAGGUGUGGCUUCUGUUCUAGAAUCAUAGAGAGUAAAGGCAACUUCAGUGUCGCAGCAUUAGAAUCAAAUACUGAAGAGCAGUAAUUCGCAGCUUAAUAUUUAGGCUGUAAAAUGUUUUGUCGGAUUGGCUUCACGUGGGUAUCGUCUAAAAUAAAUGGUAUCAUUGGUCUUAUUCAUUCAAUUCAAAACCUGAGCCGAAUGAUUCUGUAUGACUGAAUCUUACUACUACUACUACAAAAAAAAUAAAAAAAUAAAAAAAGACAAAAAAUGUAAAAAUACAUUCUUAAAGUAAAGUUGCCAGUUACCAUUUUAUCACAAUGUACAAAUGUGACAUGCAAAAACAACGCACUACCGAAAACAGAAAAUAGCAGCAGAAGAUCCUUGUAACUAGAUAAGUCUGACAUGUUCAACGUGAACGUUAAGGGGAGUGAUGUAAGCGUUGUACAAUAAACUGUACAAUAAAAGCUGUUCAUUGGUUAACUGCAUGUAAUGACCUUAGUAAAUGUGGUAAAACUAUAUUUUUAAACACAAUUUACAAUAUUCUGAUGCAUAUUUAGCCAUGUAAUGUAUGUAUUUUUGUGAAAAAAAAAAACAUUGCACUAAAAUUGUUUUAAAAUGCAUGGAAUUCCAUGCCCCAACCUGUAUGAAAAAUACCCCAUAUGUUUUUAUCAUUGCAUUUUACAGUGACAAAGAGAUAUUUAUGUAUCCUAACUAACAUAACAAUUUAAUUGUAUUGUAAUUCCAAAUUCAUUUAAUCGCAUACAGUACAUUUAGAAAGUGCAAAACAUAUAGUCACCAAAAUUUCACUCUCUAAUACUUUGGAAUCCACACCUGCUUGUUUCUAUCAUAAAUGUAACAAAAAUACAGUAGUUGUGUCUGUAUAAUGACAUACAUCUUCCAGAGGGCCAAUCUGGAAAUAAAGGGAUAGUUCACCCAAAAAUUUAAAUCAUUUACUUACCCUCAUGUCAUUCCAAAACUGUGUGACUUUCUUUCUUCUAUGGAACAUAAAAGAAAAUGUUUUGAGAAAUAUCUCAAAAAUCUGUUUUUUGUUUUUUUUCUCCGUCCAUACAAUACAAAUCAAUGGACACCAAAUUGGUUUGGUUACCACAUCUAUAAAAUAGCUAACCUCUUUUGUGUACCAUAGAAGAAAGGAAGUCAUGUAGGUUUGGUACCACCUGAAGGUGAGUCAGUGAUGACAGAAACUUUUCUCUUAAACAGCUCUACCAUUUAUAGUUGACAUCAAAUUUGAUGACAGAUGUUACCGGUGGGAUUUAAAAAAAACAUAAGGUUUUGUAGUUUGCCGGCUGAGGAAUACCACAAGGUACUGUUCUAGGUCAUAUUUCAUUCUCGGGAGGUUCCUCCACUGACAGGUUGUGGCUGAAGACACAAUUUAGUCAGAAAAUGAUGAAGAUUUUAGGGGUGGGGCUAUUAUAAGAGGAGGAGUUGUUUGGUGUGUAUUGGAGAGAGUCAGCUGAGAGAUACAUUGUGGACGCUUGCAUUGGGAUAUUAGAGAUCUUGAAGCAGAAGCAGUAAUGGUGAAGCAGUCUUGUAAUACUGUGUGCAUUUAGUUCUCUGUAACCGGACAGACGCAGGGUUUUACACACACCAGACACUGACUCUUUCCUCAUCUAUCUGAGGUGGAUGUGAUAUCUGAGAGAGACAUUACAAAGCGUGUAUCAUGGCUGUGGCUGGAUGUCCUGAUUAUUUUCUACACCAUCCAAAUUACCAGCAGGAUAAUGUAGACCGAGCUGCCAAUCACAGACAGGCGGAUUUAAUUGGACCAGGUUUUCAGCAGUCAACCAAUCGGAAUUCACCCAGCCAUCAAGAAGAUGACGUGGAUCUGGAAGCUCUGGUGAAUGACAUGAACUCAUCCUUUGAGAGUCUGUACACUUCUUGCAGUGUGCAGACAGAAUCCACUCCACUGCUGCACAAUGGCCAGCCUCAUCGCUCUGCCACCUAUCAAACACAGGCUCAGCCCACCUCCCCUCACCAGAGACUGCACCGGUCCCAGCCCAUGCACAUCCUCGCUGUCAGAAAACUUCAGGAAGAGGAGCAACAGUACAGAACGUCCUCUCUACCUGCCAUCCCCAACCCCUUUCCUGAGCUCUGCAGCCCUGCAAGUUCCCCUACUCUCAGCUCUGGCUCCUUACCUCAGUGUCAGCCCUCAGGCAAAUAUAUUAUAAAAAUCUUCAGUGAGGAUGGAAUGGGAAAGGUGGUGGAGAUCCCAGCCGACAUGAUGGCGCGAGACCUGUGCCAGUUUCUCGUCUAUAAAAACCAUUGUGUGGACGAUAACAGUUGGGCGCUUGUGGAGCAUCAUCCAGCCCUGGGACUCGAGAGAUGUUUAGAAGACCAUGAACUGGUUGUCCAAGUGCAGGCGUCAAUGACCAGUGAGAGCAAAUUUCUCUUCAGGAAGAACUAUGCCAAAUAUGAAUUCUUUAAAAAUCCUUUGAACUUCUUCCCAGAGCAAAUGGUUGCCUGGUGUCAGGAAACCAACGGGACCAUCCCCCCAUCUCAGCUCCUGCAGAACUUUUUAAACUCCAGCAGUUGUCCUGAGAUCCAGGGAUAUUUGUAUGUGAAAGAAAUGGGCAGGAAAUCAUGGAAGAAACUGUAUGUGUUUUUAAGACGGUCAGGGUUGUACUUUUCAACAAAAGGAACGUCAAAGGAGCCCAGGCAUUUACAGCUACUAGCAGACCUGGAGGACAGCAAUGUAUUUACAGUAAUAACAGGGAGAAAGCUGCACAAUGCACCGACUGACUUUGAAUUCUGCAUAAAACCUAACAAAGUAAGGAAUGAAGUGAAGGAACUGAGGAUGUUGUGUGCAGAGGAUGAGCAGAGCAGAACAUGCUGGAUGACGGCCUUCAGACUCUUCAAGUAUGGAAUUUUACUCUAUCAAAAUUACAAGAUCCCCCAGCAGCGAAAAACAUUGCUUUCACACUUCUCAGCGCCUGUGAGGAGUGUCUCAGAGAACUCUCUGGUAGCCAUGGAUUUCUCAGGGAGGAUAGGCCGAGUGAUCGACAAUCCUGUGGAGGCUCAGAGUGCUGCCAUGGAGGAGGGACAUGCCUGGAGAGUAGAAAGAAGUCACCGUAUGAAUAUACUAGGAAGCCCCAGCCCAUUACACCCCUCAUCAUUAAGCGGAGUUAUCCACAGAACUCAGCUGUGGUUUCACGGUCGUAUUUCACGGGAGGAGUCCCACAAGUUGAUCCAUCAGCAGGGCAGAGUGGAUGGAAUGUUUCUCUUGAGGGAUAGCCAGAGCAAUCCUAAGGCAUUUGUACUUACAAUGUGUCAUCACCAGAAAAUCAAACAUUUCCAGAUUUUACCGUGUGAAGAAGACGGUCAAAUGUUCUUGAGCCUCGACGAUGGCGCCACGAAAUUCACGGACCUGAUCCAGUUGGUGGAGUUCUACACGCUGAACAGAGGAGUUCUGCCUUGCAAACUUAAACACCCCUGCACCACUGUGGCCUUAUGACCUCCAUUUGCCUGAUUCCGCCUAAAUACAAACACUCAGACGUCAUGUGCUGUGGUGUAAUGCUGUGCUGCUGGGCUGGAGAAAAGCACACUGCGAGAGCAACUCUCUAUCAAGGAGAGAGGAAAUCAAAAGAACAAACACAAACAGGUCCAGCAAGAAAUAAAGGAAAUAAAGCUUGCGUGUUAGCUGCUGACGAACCUCUCAGCCACCUGCACACUCGACCGUGGCCAGAGCAGGUUCUCAGGACAAUCAUCCAGAGGGAGUUUUCAGGAUCCACGGUCUUAAUCGUGCAGAUAACGGUUUGGGAAGACCAGCAGAACACUCGUAAAUCACGUUUGAUUUCAUUUUGCACUCAUGAACCAGGAACAACCAAGCUAUGGCAAUUGUUGCUUUCAUAAAUCAAGCAGAUUUGAUUCUAGAAUGUCCUGUGAGAUGCGGACACCCGAUUGGUGGUUUCAGUACUGUGAAAAGACGUUGCCGUUAAAUUCGUGCUUUUUAUUGUUUUCACCAGUAAUCACUAGAAUAUUUAGACACUUGUUUUCUUUUUAUGUGCUCAUUGUGUUGAGCAAAGAGCUCAUUUGGCCUCUUUUAUCCUGUUAGACACUUGGGUAGUUUUUCCCCUUCACAAAACAUAACCUGCAGCACUCUCUACUGGCCAUACCAUGAAUUGACAUGUCCCUUCACUCCUUCAAGGAAUAGUUGAUCUCAAAAAUGAAAUUGGGUUAUUUACUCACCCUAUUGCUGUACAAAAACCAUGUGACUUUCUUCUUUUUUGUAGAACACAGAUUGUACAGUUGUAAAUUGCCAUACAACUGUAUUUCUUAGUUCAUAGUGACCAUGGCUUUUAGUUUCCAGGAAAAAAAAAAAAAUUAAAUAUGACUCAUGCGCUAUAUUUCAAGCCAUAUGACAGUAUUGUAUUCGAGACCGCAAGAAGGUUGAGUGCGAGUCCAAAUGUUCCCUUGUGCAUGACAACUCAAGAGUCCUGUCUUGAGUACUAAAACGCUGCCACAUGAUAGCUUUGUGUGAGGAACCAUCUGCAAUUUUGACGUCAAGCCAAGCUUACAUCUAACUCGUAUACACUAAAAAAUGAAAAGAUUUUGGAAAGACAUGAAGAUGAAAAAUGAUGGCCAAAUUUAGUUUUUGAGUGAACUAUGACCUAUAUAUAAACUGACAUUACCACCACAUCCUUUAAGAACGGUGCCUUGAUUUUAAAGAGGAGUCUGUUGAGUAAUAACCACUAAACCCUCAGAUCAACAAACUGGAAUCUUUAGAACUGCUGUUAUCUUCAGUCCCAGCUCCAGUCUAUUUUUGUUGUUGACUUUCUAGUUUUCUCUCCAUGUUUCGAAAGAUUGUUUCGAGGACAGCACACUGUGAAGCUCGGGCUAAGAACACCCACAGAAAGAUGGGGUUCGAAUUUAUGAUCUGCCUUGUCCAUGGUAGCAGUAGAUACAACGGAUUUGUAAAGAUUUUUUUUUUUUUGCACGCAAUGUAAAGAAAGAGCCAUGUUUUUAGUUUGUACCUAUAUUGUAUUAAACUAGAUAGAGAAGGCAUAGCCACCGUGUCUACAAGUUCACCCAAGAUAUCAGUGCAUAGUUAAAUGCAAAUGACGCAAUCAUUUUUAAGUAUUGCUUCAACAAAUUUAUUUAUUUAUCUGGAUUUGAUUACUUGAAAUUUAGUUUCGUUUUUUUUUCUCAGCGCUGUUCAAUAAUAUUCUUCCACAAUUUUGUGAAUUUUCAGUUAUUAACUACACCCCUUUCUUGAAUCUUUGAACACUAAUUCUUCAUCGACAUCCUACGGUAGAACACCUUCUUUAUGGUCUUUUUUAAUGCUAGAUUCAGUAAAGCCUGUUCAGUGGGUUGUGCUGUUGUGUACAUCGCUGUCAAUUGUUAAUCUGACACUAUAUUGAAAACACAAGUUAGCACAUGAUAUGGUGCAGCUCAUUGAACAGACAUGUAUUCUACAUGUAUUCCAUAUAGCUUUGUUUCCAUUCACGUUAGAUGUCUACACAAUUAAGGUCUAUUUUGCAAAUUUAAUAUUGUUGUCUAUAAAAAAAUAGCAGUCACAAAGUAACAUUAAGCUGUUUAUUCAUAGAUGUAUUCUAAGAUAUAUGUAAUUCAUGUCAUCUCAGUUAAGUAAGGGAUAAUGUACAAUCAGCCGGUUUUCAAAAAAAAAAAAAAAAAAAAAAAAUCUCGAAAGGGCAAUCCUGAUAUUUUGACUGCACAUUAUGCUGCUUAUUACAUGGCAACUUACAAAUAAAAAGCAAAUUAAAAAUAAAGAAAUAUUGAUUUAUUUGAUUACGUGACAAGGAAUCAAGUAUUUCAGAGAGCCGUGUAAUAAGGAUAUGAUUUCAGUCUGUCAGGUAGUACUUAGACCUCAUUGGAUGAUUUAACCACAGAAAUAGACUGCAGGGCAUAAGUCAGCGCUAUUAUAAUUCACUUGAAUAUCUUUCUCAGUGUCAGUUAAGUUCAUUCAAGCCUUGAGGAUGAAUAUAUGUCAGUGUUGAUUUAGCUGCAGUUUGGGUGGGUCGUACGUUCACCAAAAGACACAAGCAUACACACGCAAGCUUUCUGAACUUGACAUUAUUGUCUUUAUUUUUCAGGGUUUGAUAAGUGAAGCUAUACAAUCAGCCAGCCAAGGACUAAACUAGCAACAUAUCAGUUAUGAUGCUAUUAAUUAGCAGUUUCUACAACCCGUUUCGAUAUAUACUAUAAUUCUAGAGUAACAGUUUAUAAGGAAUUGUUCUGCCUGGUUCAGACAGAUGGAUGUAUUAAGUUUAGAGGAUAUAUGAUUAUUUUUUUCUGAGAUCAUUUAAUAAUAAAAAAAAAAGAAGAAGAAAAAAAAAGAUUUUGCCAGUGAGGAAGUUGUAGGUUACUUAAAGGCUAGUUUACUAUAUGUUACUGGUGAAUCACCUGUGUGAGUAAAAUUGAUCGUUAGGAUAGUCUGAGUACCAUUAGCGCUUAACCUACUUGUUAACUAGUUGGCCAUUCAGUCUAAAAGUGAGUGUGAGCAGGAUGUUUGUUCACAAACCAGACACUCUGGGAGUUAAUACAGUAAUACAUUACAGUCAUUACAGUUGUCUAUACGCAUUUAUUUCAUUUGCAACAUUGUUUCAUUUUUACAUAUAUCAUGUAACAUGCAGCUAAACAGGACAUUAUAGUUACACUCCAUUCAUGUUCAACUGUUCAAGUUUGUAGAUACCACACUGAAUUUUUGGAGACAGAUUUUUUUUUCUUUCCACAAUGGCAUAUAAAAUGAAGAAACUUGACUUAUUUUAGUGCAUUUUUAUUAUUUGGUUAAGUGUGUAAAUAUUGAAUCUAUUCUAUUUUGUGUUGCUUUGUCAUGCUAAUUGACCUUAAAGAAUAUGUUAUGUUUGCAUUGAGCUGACGGAAAACUGGACUUGAGCUCCUUUAGUCAUUGAAGGUCAUUAUUAAGCUAAAUUGCUGUUUAAAAAAACUCACUUAUUCUUACAAAUACACUUAUUAUGAAAACGCUAACAAAUUUAUGCCUUGUAGAUAUUGUAGAGAUGUUUCUUAAAUAUGAAUCAAAGACAGAUGUUUUUUUUGUGUGUGUGUGUUCCUUUUUUCUUUUUGCAUUUUCCCCAUUGUUGUUUGAAAGAAAAUGUUUGAUCUGUUGAGAGUUUAUCGGUGAAAGAAAUAAAUGUCAUUUUUAUAUUUAAAAGAACUGAAUGUAACUGGGUUGCUCAGGGUUGAAGUGGAGGCUGUUUAAAACUGGUCCUGUGGACCAGCAAGACUUCUUCUCUGUAUUUUUUUUUUUAUUAAACUAACAGUGUACUUCUUUUUAUUGAGUCCACACCAGACCUCUAUUAGUUCCCCCCUUUUCUCUUAAUGAAUCUCUGGCCUUCAAGAUAUUCUAGUUUUGUCUGCAACAUCUGUAGAAUGAGUUGUAUCAUAUAGCUUCCACCCUUUCUUAAAGGGAUAGUUCACCUAAAAAUUAAACAUUUACUUACCCUCCAGUCGUUUCAAGCUGCUUUUUUGCCCAUACAGUUGAACAGAGCAACUUAGACAUUUUGCUAUAUCACUCCUUUUGUACUCCAUAUACUGUACAAGCUUCUUUUUUUUCUUUCUUUUUUUUUUUGGAUGAACUAUUCCUUUAAAAUUUUUGUAUAUCAGGUGCCUCGAAACCCUACGGUCCAUCCUCUCUCUUCACUAAUGUCGACCUGAGAGGGUGUUCCUACUCAGGUUAUGGUUACUGAUCUGGAAUUUGUGACCAUUUGUCACUAGUAUCAGUUCUGAUGAAAGAGGUCAGGCUUUUGAUUACACUGUUCAUGUUAUAGAGUAAUUGCAUUAUACAUAAAUAGCAAUUUGGAAUGAACUUAAUGUGUAAAUCUGUGGAUCUGUUAAUUAUUGCUAUUGUCAUGAAUCAUAACAGCAUGUGUAACAUGGACGCUGUAAUGUAAAGCAGUACUUCUGUGACUUUUUUCAUGCCAUAAUCAGAACCUUCUCCCAACUGUCAGUAAUAAUUCCUGAGCUUUGCGUAAGAUUUCUCGAUGAAAAAAAAAAAAAAAAAAAAAAAAAAAAAUUCAUUCAGUUAAUAUGAUUCUAUGUCUUUCAGGGAAUGAAACAAUCAAACAAACAAACACAUGGAUAGAAAAAAAAAAGUUUUUUUUUUUUCUUUUCAGAUUCUGUGUUGAUAAUGUGUUGUGCUUGGUUCUGUAAAUAGCUGAAUGGCUUACAAAUUCUAAUUGUAACAUUUUCAGGUAUUUUUGUACAAAUAAGGGACUGGUAUAUUCUGUUUAGAAUAAAACAUUAAUUGAUUGAUAUCUCAAAGUGUGUUGAUAUUAUCCUAACAAGCAAACAUUACAUACUUACAGUGUUCAUAUGAUUAAGUGACUAGCACUUUAUACUUGUGUUGUAGGAUUUUGUAAGAUGCUUACUAUUAAAGGAACAUGUGACUCAGA